GCGGAGGGGCGGGCCGGGGCGGGCCUUGGCGCUCCGGGAGCUGCCCAGCAACUUUUCCUGGAUCUCACCCGGGCCGGGGAGAGAAGCCUUCGAGACAGUUUCCGGAGAGUCUCCUGGUGCUAGGGUCCCUGUGCAAUCCCAGAGCAGCUACAGUCCCCGGGGCAGGCUCAGGAUGCGGCCAGGACAGAGAGGGGGCGCGCCGCUGCGGCUGGUGUUAGUGCUCAGUCAAGGCAUUUUAAAUUGUUGUAUGGCAUACAAUGUUGGUCUCCCAGAAGCAAAGAUAUUUUCCGGUCCUUCAAGUGAACAGUUUGGCUAUGCAGUACAGCAGUUUAUAAAUCCAAAAGGCAACUGGUUAUUGGUUGGUUCACCUUGGAGUGGCUUUCCUGAGAACCGAAUGGGAGAUGUGUAUAAAUGUCCUGUUGAUCUAGCCACCGAUACAUGUGAAAAACUCAAUUUGCAAACUUCCACGAGCAUUCCUAAUGUUACGGAGAUGAAAACCAACAUGAGCCUUGGCUUGACUCUCACAAGGAACAUGGGAACCAGAGGAUUUCUUACAUGUGGUCCCCUGUGGGCGCAGCAGUGUGGAAGUCAAUAUUACACAACUGGUGUUUGUUCUGACGUCAGCGCUGAUUUUCAACUCUUGGCCAGCUUUUCACCAGCAGUGCAGACCUGCCCUUCCCUCAUUGAUGUCGUGGUUGUAUGUGAUGAAUCAAACAGUAUCUAUCCCUGGGAGGCAGUAAAGAAUUUUUUGGAAAAAUUUGUACAAGGCCUGGACAUAGGCCCCACAAAGACACAGGUGGGGUUAAUUCAGUACGCCAAUAAUCCAAGAGUUGUGUUUAACCUGAACACUUUCAAAAGCAAAGCUGAAAUGGUUGCAGCAACAUCUCAGACAUUCCAACACGGUGGGGACCUCACAAAUACAUUCAAAGCAAUUCAAUAUGCAAGACAUUUCGCUUAUGCAGCAGCUGCUGGUGGACGACCAGGUGCUACCAAAGUAAUGGUGGUUGUAACUGAUGGUGAAUCACAUGAUGGUUCAAUGUUGAAAGCCGUGAUUGAUCAGUGUAACAAUGACAAUAUACUGAGGUUUGGCAUAGCAGUUCUUGGGUACUUAAACAGAAAUUCCCUUGAUACUAAAAAUUUAAUAAAAGAAAUUAAAGCAAUUGCCAGUAUUCCAACAGAAAGAUACUUUUUCAAUGUGUCUGAUGAAGCAGCUCUACUAGAAAAGGCCGGGACAAUAGGAGAACAAAUUUUCAGCAUUGAAGGUACUGUUCAAGGAGGAGAUAAAUUCCAGAUGGAAAUGUCACAAGUGGGAUUCAGCGCAGAUUACUCUCCUCAAAAUGAUAUUCUGAUGCUGGGUGCAGUAGGAGCUUAUGACUGGAGUGGGACUAUUGUUCAGCAGACAUCUCAUGGACAUUUGAUCUUUCCUAAACAAGCCUUCGACCAAACUCUGCAAGAUAGAAAUCACAGUUCAUAUUUAGGUUACUCUGUGGCUGCAGUUUCUACAGGAAAAAGCGUCCACUUUGUUGCUGGUGCUCCUCGGGCAAAUUAUACUGGCCAGAUAGUGCUUUACAGUGUAAGCGAGAAUGGCAAUGUCACCGUUAUCCAGACUCACAGAGGUGACCAGAUUGGCUCCUAUUUUGGUAGUGUGCUGUGUUCAGUUGAUGUGGAUAAAGACACCAUUACAGAUGUGCUCUUGGUAGGUGCGCCAAUGUACAUGAACCACCUAAAGAAAGAGGAAGGAAGAGUCUACCUGUUUACUAUCACAAAGGGCAUUUUGAAUUGGCACCAAUUUCUCGAAGGCCCCGAGGGUGUUGAAAAUGCUCGGUUUGGUUCAGCUAUUGCAGCUCUCUCAGACAUCAACAUGGACGGCUUUAAUGAUGUGAUAGUUGGCUCGCCUUUGGAAAAUCAGAACUCUGGCGCUGUGUACAUCUACAAUGGUCAUGAGAACACCAUUCGCACAAAGUAUUCCCAGAAAAUCUUGGGAUCUGAUGGAGCCUUUAGGAGUCAUCUCCAGUACUUUGGGAGAUCCUUGGAUGGCUUUGAAGAUUUAAAUGGGGAUUCCAUCACCGAUGUAUCCAUCGGUGCCUUUGGACAAGUUGUUCAGCUCUGGUCACAAAGUAUUGCUGAUGUAUCUGUAGAUGCUUCAUUCACACCAGAAAAAAUCACUUUGUUCAACAAGAAUGCUGAGAUAAACCUCAAACUCUGCUUCAGUGCAAAGUUUAGACCUACUAAGCAAAACAAUCAAGUGGCCAUUACAUAUAACAUCACAAUUGAUGCAGACCUAUAUUCAUCCAGAGUAACCUCCAGGGGUUUAUUUAAAGAAAAUAAUGAAAGGUGCCUGCAGAAGAAUAUGAUAGUACAUCAAGCACAGAGUUGCUCUGAGUUCAUCAUCCUCAUACAGGAGCCCUCUGAUGUUGUCAACUCCUUGGAUCUGUGUGUGAACAUCAGCCUGGAAAACCCUGGCACCAGCCCCGCCCUUGAAGCCUACUCUGAGUCCGCCAAGGUCUUCAGUAUCCCGUUCUAUAAAGACUGUGGUGACGAUGGAGUUUGCAUAUCUGACCUAGUUCUAGAUGUCCAACAGCUGCCAGCUGCUCAAGACCAACCCUUUAUUGUUAGCAACCAAAACAAAAGAUUAACAUUUUCAGUAACACUGAAAAACAAAAAGGAAAGUGCAUACAACACUGCAAUUGUUGUUGAUUUUUCGGAAAACUUGUUUUUUGCUUCCUGGUCCAUGCCGGUUGAUGGGACAGAAGUAACAUGCCAGGUUACUUCUCAGAAGUCUGUUACCUGUGAUGUAGGCUACCCUGCUUUAAAGAGGAAACAACAGGUGACUUUUACUAUUAACUUCGACUUCAAUCUUCAAAACCUUCAAAAUCAGGCAUCUGUCAGUUUCCAAGCCUUAAGUGAAAGCUACGAAGAAAACAAGGCAGAUAAUUCUGUCAACCUCAAAAUUCCUCUGCUGUAUGAUGCUGAAAUUCACAUCACAAGAUCUACCAACAUAAGGUUUUAUGAAGUUUCCUCGGAUGGGAAUGUUCCUUCUAUCGUGCACAAUUUUGAAGAUAUUGGUCCAAAAUUCAUCUUCUCCAUUAAGGUGACAACAGGAAGUGUUCCAGUAAGUAUGGCAUCUGUCAUCAUUCGCGUCCCUCAGUACACCAAAGAAAAGAACCCACUGAUGUACCUGACUGGGGUACACACGGAUCAGGCUGGUGACAUUAGUUGUAAUGCUGAAAUAAAUCCACUGAAAAUAGGACAAACAUCUUCUUCCGUAUCUUUCAAGAGUGAAAAUUUCCGGCACGUGAAAGAUUUGAACUGCAGAACGGCUUCAUGCAGUAAUGUUACCUGCUGGCUGAAAGACCCUCAGGUGAAAGGAGAGUACUUCCUUAAUGUGUCCACCAGAAUCUGGAACGGGACUUUUGCAGCAUCGACUUUCCAGACCGUACAGCUGACGGCCUCUGCAGAAAUCGACACCUACAACCCUCAGAUAUAUGUGAUCGAAGAAAACACUGUCACGAUUCCCAUUACGAUAAUGAAACCCCAUGAGAAAGCCGAAGUACCAACCGGAGUUAUAGUAGGAAGUGUAAUUGCUGGAAUCCUUUUGCUAUUAGCUCUGGUUGCAAUUUUAUGGAAGCUUGGCUUCUUCAAAAGAAAAUAUGAAAAAAUGACCAAAAAUCCAGAUGAGAUGGACGAGACCACAGAACUCAAUAGCUGAACCACCAGCAAUUCUCACUGUAGUGGGACUAGGCGGCAUCACAGCUAUUUGCUAUUUGCAUGAAUGGAUUUUUUUUUAAAUCCCAGUGUUUUAUAAUGUAAUAGGUAAAUUAGCCUGAUAUUUUAAGAAAACUGCAGGUCAGUUUGGAAAAAAGAAAUUGGGGCGGGAGUGGGGAGAUGUAAAAGACUUAUUUUAUACGGGAAAAGUGAUCUUUAUGCUGGCUGGUCCAGAGUUUACAUUAUAACGUGCAUUAUGUCAGAAAGGUGAAAUGCUUCCAAACAUGAGAUGUCUUAAAGAAAAAUAUAACCUUUUCAUUUUUUGAGGAGGAGGGGAAACCCAAUCAUGUAAAAUAAUUGUUUUUAAACAGCAAUCAACAAUAGUGGAAGUACUUGGUAUAGAGAUGUAAUUAAUUUGGAUAUUGAUGCUGAUAGUGAAAAAAAAAACACAACACAGGUCUUCAACUUAUGCUGCUCAUCCAAAACUACCACAGAGGAUAUUUUAUGUGAGUUUUGUCUAUCAACUAGGUAAAAUUUGCUAUUGUCAGCCCACAGCUGCCUCCUCAGAGUCCCUUUCUUGCUAUGAUGUACUUAUCAAAACCUGCCUGAAUAACUGGUGGGAGACUAGAGUAUGCCUCCUGCAGAGGAAAUCUCCAUUUAAGUGGGGGGGGGGGGGCGGGGGGAGUAAUUUAGAGGCCAAAGCACAAAAUUUUGCUUAAAAUCUUUGAUGACAUUUACAGUAAAAUCCUGUUGGCGGGCCAGCCUGUGCCAGAGGAAGCAGCAGCAGGUCUCCUUUCUCCUUGAAGAUGCACAGCUGGCUGACCUGACUGGCUGGCUGGCUGGCAGGGACCUAGUAAAUUUUUGAAAGAUGAGUAACUUCUUUGGCAUCCUUCCUCCUUCUACACCGAACCACUCUCCUGCCUCCUGUUGCCCUCAUCUUCUAGAAGCCUGCCAAAGCCUGCUUCCUCUCCAGUAGUCCAGAGUUACCCACAUUCCUUUACCGCUUGUCUAAAUCUCCCUUUCCCUCGGGGCGGCUGCUCUUCACUAGGUGUGACUAUGAAAGCCAUCUGUUUAACUUACACACUUGAGUGAAUUACUGUAUAACUCCCUUAACUUCAGGAAACUAUUUUCAUUUAUUGCUAAACGAAUAAGAAAAACAGGGCCUGGGUGAAUUUCUAAUUGUUGGCAUUUCAGGCAGUGUAAACAAGGUAAAGUAAAAGGUCAUCUCAGGAAUUUGCCAGAAAGUACAAAGAGACAUUGGGAACCACCAAAUUCGCAGGUGCAUCUCUCUGUGCUUUUCCAGACUUAAAACUUCCAGAAUGACUUUCAAUUGGGCAAGUUUGCUCACAAGGUAGAUUCUUAGGUCCCAAAUGUGAGAGUCUUAUUUGGUUGGAUUGGAAUGAGGCCCAGGAAUGGUUAUUUUAACAAGCAUCCAAUCAUUAACAUGGGAAUGGACCACUGUGAAGAACACCCCCAUUUCUCCUUUUGCACUUUCUUUUCUCUUUCUUAGCCCACACAGUUUUUAGAAGGUGGGACCAGGAGAAAGUGCACAGGCAAAAGCAGUGGGGACUAUGCUACGUCAGAAACUGCAGAACUAAAGCUUCAGACAAGUCACUCUGCCUCUAUAAACUUCGGUGUCCUCAUUAUAAAAUGGGAAGACUGGGUAGGAGCUCAGCAGUGAUGCUUUUAGCUUUAAAAGUCUAGGAUCUGGAUUUCUUAUAAUACAAGUAGACAAUCCUCAAAGAAUUUGACUUUGAAAAAGAAGUCAGAGGAAAACAGGUAUUUGCCAUGUGCAUCCGGCCCCAACUGCCCUCCUGGCCUCGCCCCUGUGAUGGCAGUCCAGAGCAAUGUACACAGUUUAAUGAUUUAUUUUGUAUUUGACAAAACAAAGAAGCGGCGGCGGGGGGGCGGGGGGCGCGGGGCAGGGAAAUUAGCCAUAAAAUGUCAGGGAGUUACAGCAAAAACAGCAUGGUAUUUUUCUAGUUAGAUGUGCUGGAGCCUAAUUCUUAGAACAGCUGUGUGGAUUCAAAUGCUUUAAUUCCAAUAAAAAUUUUAUUUGAAGUGUGGAGGAGAAACUAGUCAUCAAGUUGAUAAAGAAUACUUAAUAAACCAUGUAACUGCAUCGUGCGUACAUAUAUACAUACAUAUACACACACACACACACACACACACACACACACACACACACACACACAUACUAGUUCUUCAAUGUAUAUACAAAGAAUUAUAGCAUGUCAGCCUUUUAUCUUACUCAACCACUAAACUGAGGCCACAUACAAACAGAGAGCUGGAGGGCUUAGGCAAACUCAGCUUAGGAAAUCUGCCUUGAUGGCGCUGUCUCCAUGAAGUAGUUGGAUUACUAAAAACUAAAAAAUUGGCCACUUGUCUCUGCACCAUUUUGACACUAAGGUGGGAUUUCACAACCUUGGCACUACUGACAUUUGGAGCCAGGUGAUUCUUUCUUGUGGGGAUUGUCCUGUGCAUCGCUGGAUGCUUAAUAGUACCCCUGGCCUCUAACUGUCAUAUGCCAAGAGCCCCUCUCCCCCUAUAGUCAUGACAAUCAAAAAUGUCUUCUCAGAGGCAAAAUCAUCCCAUUGAGAACCACUGCACUAAGAGCACAUGGCCUAAAUAGGCAACUUCUGUUAUCAGACCGAUGGUUCGAGGCAGAGACUCUGUUUCUCUAUAGAGGAGUAUUUCUUAAGCACUUUUAAGCGAAGGAGAGUAUUCUUCCAAGAAAUUAAAGAAAAAAAUCAACACUGUUUGAAAAUAAGUUAUAUAGUCCUAUUCAGCUAUACUUUUGCUUUGAAACCAAGUAGAGUGUGGGGCAUCCUAAGGUUCCCAUUUCAUAAAUGUUAUCUAGACAAGAUGUAUAGAAUGAGAAAAAACAGAGCUGCUUCACGCAUGGCUGCCACACAGGCUUUGUAUAGUAUCGGAGUAAAAUAGUUUGUGAAGAAACUACAUUGAGAUUUGAAAUUGUACAUUGCUCAUUUUAGCAGCAAAAUGAAAGCUUCUAACUGGACAGAAAUUCUUUCCAGUUUGCAAUAUUAUUUUUAUAAAACAGGAGAAGUUCUCUAUUAACUGUGAAGAGUAUAGAAAACCAAUUUAUCAUAAUCACACAAGUGAUUAUACUAAAAGUUAUUACAAAAGGUACAAUUUUAUAGUAUAUUUAUAUAUUCUGAUAUACAGCUAUAACUUAAUGGAGGAAAAUCACAUAAAUUAAGACAUCAUUCAACAGAAAGCAAGAUUCCUCAAACUGAGCUCCCUGGUCCAUCUUUAAUAUUUCAAUUUGCACACAGAAAAUAACUGUGUACACAACAUUUUAGGACUAUGCCCUUCAGGUACAGUAACGCACAGCCAUUUUAAUUAAUUUGAAAGACGAAACAUUUAGAGGUAAAAGGUAAACGUGAGGGUAAAGUCUAAAUAAAUAAAAAUGGAAACUACUUCUUUGAACCUUAAAGAAUGAAAAUGUAGCCAUUAAGUAAACAUACAAAGAUGGUUUCAUAUGUAUCUGAUUUAUUUUGGCAAAUAAAGUUAAAAUAUAAAUGUACAUAGUGCACAGCUGUUAGAAUUGUAUAUUUUUUCAAGACAAAUUGUCUUGGAUAUUUUCUUCAUAUAUAAUGUACAAAUCUUUGUUAAGAUGUAAUAAGUAUAUUGUUUUUAAAUAGUUUUUGUCUUUUCUCCCCACCAAAAAUGAAAACGAAUGUAUGCAUGUUUGUAAACUGAGUUGCACAAUUCAUUUCUAAGAAACAAAAAGCAAAUUGGAGUAACUAACGUGAAUUACAUAACAGCUUUUCUCAUAUAAUUGCAAACCACUCUGCAUAUCACGAGACUGAAUAUUUUAAAAUCAUUUUGAAAAUAAAGCUAUUUACUUUGGAUUUAGAA